UUAUUAUUUAGUAAAAUACUUUUACUAUUUCUAAUUAUACGUCUGAACAAUUUCUGAGUAAUUUAUGCGAAAUUUUAUCUAACAACUGGAACUAGAGUCAAAUAUAUUCGAAAUUUAUGUGCGAAAAGUGUAAACUACUAUCUAGAAUCAAUUAAUAAGAUGGAAACCGCAGAUACUAUUUAUAAUUAGAACCUGUAGGUUCUGUAUCUAUCACUAGCUAUCACUAUAGAGGACAACUCUGUAGUCGCAGAUAGAGAAACAAUUGAUUUAUUGAUAAAACCUUUGAUUUUUAAUUUUUGACAAUCAUUGUCAUUCAUUAACUAUAAAUUGUCAUUGUGACAUUUGUCAUCCCAGCCGAUUUCCCGCCUAUAUUUAUUGUUUACAUUAUAUUCAUUUUCAUUUACGUAAAUAAAAUACGUAAUAAAUAUUUUAUUAUACUAAAUUAAACUAUAUGUUGUAAUUCCUAUAAAUAUGCUCUUCAAAAAAGUGUACACAUUAAUAUUUGUACGCACUGAAAACCAAAUACUGCUAGGGUUAAAAAAGCGCGGCUUCGGUGUCAAUAAAUGGAAUGGAUUUGGCGGUAAAGUUGAACAAAACGAACUAAUUGUGGACGGUGCUGCUCGGGAACUUAAAGAAGAAUGCUGCCUUGAUGUGAAGACUAGCGAUUUAAAAAACAUCGCUCACUUGGAGUUCACUUUCGAAGGAGAGCCCUUGUUGAUGGAUGUGAGGGUUUUCUCUACAAAUAUCUUCGAAGGAACUCCUGCCGAGACAGAGGAGAUGUCUCCAAAAUGGUUCAAUUACGAAGAUAUACCCUUCAACGAUAUGUGGCCGGAUGACAGGGUCUGGUUUCCUUACAUGUUAAAAGGAAAACUGAUCUAUGGUCGAUUCCAUUACAAAGGCCUCGAUACCAUUUUAGAUUAUAAAAUUCAGGAGCUUGAGUCUAUGGAAGCAUUUUAUGCAGACAAAAAGUAGUUUUAUGUUCUCCUAUUGUUUAUUAUUUAGUGUUUCUAAUUACCAAGUAAUUGUACCUACUUAUUUUUAUUAGUGUAGUAAUUGACUUUAAAUAACAUUGAUUGUAUUUUCGCUUUUAAGACAAAACUGAGUGUUACCACCUACUAUUAUUUGCUCUAGAGCAUCAUAUACUGUACUUUGAUGUCAUAUUUCUUAACCUCUUUAAAAAGAUCAAGGUUGAUAUCAUAGGUAUGGUUUUAAAAAUGUUAUUUUUGUCAAUUCUAAACAAAUAAAAUUAUCCAUAGAUUUCUUUUCUUUUCUUUUUUUUUUUUUAAAUAUAUAAAACAAUGGGCCAUAUAAAUUCAAUAUUAUAUUUGUCUCUUAUUGAAAAAAACUAGUCAUAAGUGCAUAUUUAUGUUUGGCUAUUUACUGACUCCGAAAUUGAAAUAUGUCCAUGUUAAGCCGCUACCGUUUUUAGAUAAAUUGAGCAGCAAAUAUUACACUGAAUUGAGAUCAAUUUAUAUAAUGGCGGUAAUUAGUUGCUAUUCAUCUGUUUUGAAUUCUGAGUAGUUGACUAACCCAAUGUAAACCUGCACUUUUGGAAGUUCCAUACCAAGAUACAGUAUUUUUGGGUUAAAAUUUGUGAUAAAAAAAAUAUUUUAUUUUUACAUUGUAUGUUGUAAUUUUAAUUGUUAAGUUGUUUAUGCAAAGUUGACUUGUAAUUGUAUGUUUAAGUUAAGAAUUGACCUACUAGUUACUAGACCUGUAAGUUUUAUUAUUAGUUUACAUAAAACCUGUAAACUUGACCAGAAACCAUUUUUCUAAAAAUAUAAUACCAAAUAGGUAAAACAUUUUUUUAAUAGACAAGUUUCUAUAUUAACUUAAAACUAAAAAAGAAAAAAUGUUCUUACAUAUACAUAGUUGAAUAAUUAGUUGCCAGAAAUAUUUUUUUCAAAUAGAGAAUGAAGCUCAACAAACUUGUUCUGUACAGAAAAAAAAAAACAGAUUUUUUUUUUUCUGAAUAAUCUUUAUUACUUUUAUAACACUGACUGGCCAUAGACUGCAUUAAAAUCAUUAUUAUUGAAAUAUCAAAGUAUAAUUUUCACAAUAUGUUUCCAAAUAGGUAUUUUUUAAUAUUGUUUUACUUGUUUAUACAUUUUAGUACUGUAGCCCAGUUAAAAGGACAUAUAUAUUGUUUCCAAUCACUGUAAAAUGAUAAAUUGAGGUUAUAUAUAUUUGUAACUGGGUAAAGUCAUUACCUAACUCAAUUUUGUAUUCCUAAUGAGUCUGCUGUGAUUAUGAUUUAUGAUCAUUAUAGUGCUAUUAUUAUAAAUUUGUAAUCAUUAA